GGGAUACCCUGUCCAUAUUAUAUUUGCGCUAUGCUCGGACAGUUUUACCUAGGACAUUAACAAUGGCCAGUGAUUCCGCCCCCUCUCAGAAAGGACCAUGGCAACGGGAACUUGAAGCGUAUUGCAGAAGACAAGGCUUGGGGGAGCCAAUUUACCAGCCCGUAACGCAGGAAGCCCGCCAAACAGAGCACGGCUGCCGUGUUCGCGUAGGUGACGACGUAUUCUCGUCACGAAGAUGGCACAGUGCCUUGAAUAAGGAAAAUGCGAGAGCAAAUGCAAGAGAGGAUACCGCAGAAGAGGCUGUUCUGUAUUACAAAAGAACAAUCGAGCAAAAAUACACCAAUCUCCUGUGUGAGCGUCUCGAAGCUGGGGACCAUCGCGGGCUUGAGCAAUGCAUUCACUCUGGAGCCAACGUCAAUGGACCCCGCUAUCCUGCAGAAGGGUACAGCCCGCUGCUCAUCGCUAUACGCCGUCGUGACACAACAGCGAUACGUAUCCUACUCGCAGCGGGUGCUGAUAUCAACUAUGGCGGUGCCCUGCGGGCAGCUAUUCGUUCAGGAGACGCAAAUAUAGUCUUUACCCUGUUAAUAAACGGUGCCGAUGUUCGUGGUGAUGGUGUUCUGGCAGCUGCUGCAGAAUGGGGAGAUCCAGAAGUCCUGCGAAUGUUGGUAGUACUCGUCGCGGGAGCAGACUUCGCAAACGUGCCGGCUGGGGCGACCAUAACCUGUCAGUGGGAACUCCCACAGAUCUUUGCGGACGAGGGCAGCAAAUUGGAUAUCUACAGAGUGCCAACAAUGACCAAAAAGACCAAGAGUGUCGUAUUCUCAACAUGCGCCAAGUAUCUCGAAACGACGUACGGGAAGCAGAGUAUCAGGCUCUUGGACGGUAUCGUUUGUGCUCUUAAAGAUCAGGACGGCGUUUAUGUCAAAUAUGGUAUCAUAGUUAGGGCCACGAGUCGGAAUGUCAGCGUUAUUGUCAAUCCGUCAAUGAGAGAGCUAUUAGAUGCGGUGGUCUGGCUGUGCUUGACAUUUCGUGAACCCCCUCCACACGGUCCACAGAUAUCAACAGGCGAACUGAACCACGGUAAGCUUUCAUUUAAGCCAUGGCAACCUCUCGCAGAGUUUACUAUGCGUGACACAUGUUGGGCUGCACUUUUCGACUCGGCGGUAAUUGUCCUGGAGCCGUCGACGACGCCAAACUGGGGGUGGAUAUUAGAUAUCACCUUCGAGAACAUGGUUCAGCUGGCUGCCGUCGAGUACCCUGUGUGGGUAGAUAAUGGCAUCGUGCUCAUGGGCUAUUCCACCGCAUUAAUCCCCGCCGGAAACUGCAGCGAGAAGACCAUGCUUUGGCAUUUGCAAGUUGCAGGGCAUGACAGCCAAUUGAACAUAUCCGAGCUAAGUGUCACCAAGGGGCUCUGGUGGAAGACUCGAGAAAUUAAAGACCUGAGAUCGGAAAGGAACCUUCUGGGCUGGUGUGGAAAUGCCAGUGUUUCUCUGGGAACUAUGAAUGCAACAGCAGACAUCAAACGGUCUGACGCAGGCAAAAAGCAUACUUCGUGGCAAUGGACUGGUGCAAACCUACAGCUGGUUGCACAGUCCGGAGGCCCAGCCCAGGUAGGAGGCCAACUAGGGUUCGCAUUCUGUCGGAAGAUGAUGGCGGUUCACUUUAGCGCGUCUGAUAAUUAUCUCAAAUGUCUGCGAAAUAGCGUCUCUGAGCAGAUUAUUGUAUACGACGCUGCACAGCAGAGGGCAUGGCUCGUGUCACUGAUAUGCGUGCUGCAUCAAAUGCUCCUCUCCUAUGCAAAACAUCAUGGGUUGGCAUCUGGUGUACCUCAAACGACAUCCGGCAGCAAUAACGGUGGCCUUGCGUCGCUCGAGGCGUUGAAGAAUACUGCUACUUCAGUAAUAGAUCGGGCAUCCAGUCUUGAAUUAACAGUUCGGGACCUCAUCAUGGGGUUCUCUGUGAACCUGUCCAAAACAGCCGUUCAGAAACCGAGUGGCCGUAAGGUAUAUGGCUAUGAGUUUUGGGAUAUCAUUGAAGAUUCCACACACUGCGAGUUAAAGCAGCAACAGCUCGAACGACAGGGCCUGGCUUGGGCACCGCUGCUGGGGGAGAUAAAAUGCCUGUUCUGCUCAGAAUUUGGAGACGCUAUUAUUGGAAAUCGCGCCGCCUCUGUGCAGUCGCCUUGCAAUCGUGUACCAGCAAGAAAGGAUCUGAUGGCGGCUUCGACUUGCAGCCUAAAUGCUCUGCUGGAAAGGCACGGUGCCAGCCUUCGAGUCCCCAAUCCCUCAGGUAUACUUGCCGGAACCCCUUUCCAACAAUGCUCUCACCAGGGGCAGAAGGACACAUGCUGGGAAUCUCCCAACUUUCUCCAGGACGUUCGUGGUUCAAACCCGGAUUCCCAAAAGACAGUUAUCAGGGCAGACACGUAUCCCAAUGGCGCAGUUGUUUUUGGCCGCAGCGGAAAUCGGUAUGCUGACAUGGUUCAAUGGGUAAAUUUAGUGAUCAGGAAAUAGAUGACCCCUUACCAGAGUUGGAUUUUAUAAUAUUCAUCGUGAAGGCAGUG